UGAACAGAGACAGGGAUAAGCUAGACACGCUAACGUUGCGCGCAAGCUGGAUGGAUAAGGAAGCUGAACGUUAGGGGAACGGAGACGGAAGUGCGACACGGACGCGGUGUGGCAGCGGAGGGAUGGGUGUAUGCGUGUGAUCGACGGAAGAGCAAUGUCGCGGAGAUGAAUGAACGGAUCGCACGCGAUUCGUCGCGAUGACAUCGACGGUGCCCGAGCUGAGGACGCGGCACGCGUUGGCGCCGCCAGGACGAGGGACAACGGAGCCAGGAUCACGGUGGUGAAUCGGUGACGAGGACCAAGUGGCGGCAGUGACCAUGGCGCCCCUCCUCGCAUGUAAACAGUGCUUCACGCUCAACGCACGCCUCGAGAGCAGCGUUUCACCUGGUGCCGCUACCGUCGUCGCUACCGCAGUCACCCUCGUUCCCAUCAAUCCCGACGAACAACCCUCGAGGUCGCGACGCUGAGAGGAUCCCAGACGUACCCGAGGCACGACGGUAUGGACGGAAGAGACGAGUCAUGAUUCUCGUCCUGCUGCGCUGCCGUUGUCCUCGUCCUCGUCCUCGUCCUCGUCGUCGCCGUUGUCGCCGUCGUCGUCGUCGCCGCGCGAAACCGUGCUGCUCCGAAACGUGUGUUGUUUGUUGAUCCCGUCGUCGAACGUGUGUAUUGUGUAUAUACAUGCGCGUGCAAGACGUUGAAUCGAGACCUCGAGCGACGCUCGAACGUGAUUGAUGCGUCACGCAUACGACUGAUAACAAGUGGUGACGAGCGUAAGAAGCGAACGAAUCUGUGGCCUGUUCGAGUUGCAAAAGGAGUCGCGAAGUGCAGUGACUUUGCACAUUGACGAACCAUCGCGAGUUUCGCGAGUGUUCGCACGCUAACAAUCGAUUACGAGGCUCGAUCGGACGUCCGUGACUCUGUAUAAAUCGUUCGGUGAAGAGUUGGCUAGUGAAGCAAGUCAAUUGCAAUGGUGUUGCACGAAGUGAUGACCUUCUACGUUGCCGAAUUGAGAAGAAGAUCAACACCUUUGUGCUGCGCCCCGCUCUUGACGAAUACGCACAGAAGACUGAGGUGUAUUAUUCCGCACUCCAAACAACAUAUCGCUUAUCCACCAUAAGUGGAAGAAGGUGAUGGCCCGUACCACGCGCUCGCGACGAAAAAUGGCGAACACGACUGAUGCUCCCUCGCCUGCGAGCAGCCUUUUGUCGUCCACGACGACGACCCCGUUCACCAGCCCGACAUCGACAGCCUACUCCACCGAGGGCUACACCUUCAAUUACAGCGGCCUGUCUAGCCUGGGUGGCUACUCGUUGGAGGACUUGAAUUACACGGAAUUCUGGGUGGACGUCUGGAAUAGCACCGAGGCCAGUAACGUAACCGAAAGGUUAAAUACCACUGUGCUGUCAUCGGGAGGAGGCUACUGCGACGAAUGGGAAGCAGCCCAGCACAAACUCUUCCAGGCGGCGAAUCUGUUCUUCGCGGCGGCGUUCUUGGUGCCGCGGUCCUUCAAGGCCUCAGUUUUGGCUCUUCGCACAUUUCUGACGGCUGGCUUCAUGCUGGCCGCCCUCUGGGCCGGGAUCACCAUAUGCGCACUGGAUGCCAUGCUAUGGUGCCUGGCCCUCGGCCUUCUGAACGGUAUUCACUCCCUCAUACUAGCCUGUCGAUUUCUGCCGCCUGCGCUCAGCCCGGAGCUCGCCGAGCUCUAUCUGAAACUCUUCAAACCGUACAAGGUCAGCAAGAAGCACUUCCAGGAGCUGGCUAAGGAGGCGAGGAUACUCAAGCUGGAUUCUGGUCAGACCUACGCCACCGAAGGCGUCACACCCGCCGACGAACGGCUGUCGAUACUCUUGCGUGGCAGGCUGAAGGUGACUUGCGACGGGACGUAUUUGCACCACAUCAAAGCUUAUCAAUUCGUCGACUCGCCCGAGUGGGAGGCCAUGCACGAGAACAUCGACGACGUCUUCCAAGUGACGAUCAGAGCCGAGGAGUCCAGCACGUACAUCUGUUGGACGAGGCUGAAGUUGCUCAGGGUACUCAGGCAUAGGCCGCUACUUAAGGUCGUCCUCAACACCCUCAUCGGUAAGGACAUUACGUCCAAGUUGUACGCCCUUAACGAGCAGCUCGCUGGUGUCGCCGCGGCCAGUGAGACAACCUCGUCGAAUCCUUACAGAGGCGUCGCGAGAAGUCUUAGCGUCGACGCUGUUAACACUGAAACUGCCGGAAGAGUACGCUCGACCACGUGGAAGGCACAGAGGAGGCACAGCAAUCCGCGCAGCGACAGGAGUUCACCCUCUCGGUACUCGCACCAGUACUGGGCGCCCGUGGUGGCGAAUCACUUCCCACCGACUUCGCCGUUCACCCCUGGCCAGAACCUCGGGUAUUCGUUACUGCCGCAGGGUGUUCAGUUCUCGCCACCGCCAAGGGCGCCCGUUCUGUCGCACCAGUCGUUGACGAGGCAACGCAGCGGCGGCACCAGCGGCGAUUACACCCUGCUACCUCAGACGCCGAAGCUCGAGAGGAAACGCUCGAAAAAGGGGACGAGAGAGGUGACGUUCGAGACGCCCGUAUGACGGUCGCUCGACGGGGAGGGCCCUGCCAGCGUGCCUCUUCUGUCUCUAUCGCCGCAGCGUUCCGCCUAGCCCCGUCGAGAUCUCGUUAAACCGAACCAUCUUCAAGGGUUCACCCUCUGAGGCGUCGGUCGCCGCUUGUCGCCACGGCUGCGUGGCCUAAUCGCACGGCCUAUCAGCUGACAGAGCCCUACGUGCCCGCGCGGUGUUGCGCGACAAUCCGAGAGACGCGGACGAAAAGGACACGUAAACACCGAGUGACAGUGCUCUGCGGACUUCCGGUUUGGCUCGACACGAUCGGGAGAAGGAACCACCGGUUCCGAAUCGAGCCUAGUCGAGACGCGCGACGCCCAGAUACACGUUCAUAUCCCGCAAGUGCUACGCCUUACACGUUCUUAUUGACACUACACGCAUACACACACAAACACACAUACGUACACGCAAACACGUGCACGGUUAUCUAACAGCGUCGCGCGUUCGCGAUCGAUCCAAGUGAAUGGAAAAAGUGCACGGUGAGUCCCCGAAUCGAGUGAACGAGUGUCCCCCAAAAACGAGUGUCUUGUUCUUGUUCCUCCUCGAAGGGAGAGGGAUGAACGUCGAGGAACGAGCAAACUCGCCCCCCGUGUCUCGCGUGGCGAAACUGAAACGAGAGCAGGGAGACGCCUCGCUACUCGAAUUACACGCUCGAUUGUCGGAAUAUCGAAUCCACCGAGCCUGGCUACGAAAGGUUCGCGGGAGGAGUCGGGACUCGGGCAAAAUGGUUGUUUUUUUAUUAGUUUGUGUGACAAGUCCGUUUCGAGAAACAUCAUUUCGAGAUUGUUGCUUGCAUCGGCUGGCAAUGGAUUAACAUAUCGAGUCGAGGAUGGGUCGAAUGAAUGGAGUGUUUGUAUUUCAAUUUGUUCUUUUAAAGCAGCCUGAUUACUGACGAUGGGAAGUGAGUCUGAAAAGAUUCACUGGUCUGAGCAGGAGGAUACACCAUUUGCCAACAUCAAAUUUCAAUUGUACGCCUGAAUUUUUUAAUAACAAAGAUGGACUUUCGAGGAAUGUUUAUGUUAACAGAAGGUCAUAGAACAGAAUGGAGUAUGUAUCAGUUACAAGGUAAGUUCAAUGUAAAAUUGGCAGUACUUUAUAUUCCCAUGAUAAAGCGCGAACGGACUUAUUACACAAGCGUGUACAACGUAGAACGUUUUGAAUUCUCGGAUUCGUGUUAGUUUCAGAUUUUACCGAAUUAAUGCACCGAGUGUGGCUCAAAUCCUAGGGUCGAAAUAACGUUUAAAAUGAAAUGUUGGAAUAAACUGAAACAGCCAACAAAAUUUAUUUUAUACUCAAUUCUCUGUUUACACGGUCCAUGCAUCAUACGGUUUCAAUUUAACGCGGUCCAAAAGAAAAAGGGAACUGGUUUCCAUGAAUUUUUUUCCUCGCAAAGUUGGUUUCAUUCGUCAUCUCUUCGAUUAAUAUUUCGCCCGUUUCCCGCCAUAAGCGAUACGUCUUCUGUUUGCGCGAUGUUAUGCGGAAUGAUAUCCACCGUGUAAAAAGAAAAUUGAGCGCAUUUUUAUUCGCUCGGAGAGCCGACGAGACGCUCUUCCGUAAUCGAAUCGUUCUUUUUCCGUUUCGUUUCUACGAGGGCUCGCGUUGUCGACGAACUUCCUCCUCUUUCCGCCACUUGCGUUGUGCGUUCGCGCGAGCUGAACUUCCGGUUGGGAGACUACGAAUCGCGUUAAACGUGUUUGAUCGUAAGGAAACACCCGAGACGGCGCAUCGUGAUCUUUCGUUAACAGUCGAACGUUGAACGAUCAACAAAGACGGGCGAAAUUCUCAACGGAACCAAAAUUUCAAUGAAAAUACGAUGAUAUCGAGCAAAGGAUACACUAUUGGUCGAAUAAAAGUUUGCCCAUCUUCGACGAUCAGCGAUCGAGGGAGAGUAGAUUAUAAUCGUAUACUUUCGACGAGCGUCGCCACCUUGUACACCAUUACAUCGACUGUGAUUAUAACGGAUAUAAUUGUUAAGUCUUUCAGAGAAAACGCUGAUUAAAUACACGUACGGAAACACACCGCAAUGCGAAUUAACGACUACAUGAUAACCAGGGGUCCGCGUGUUGGAUAAAUUCAGACGUCUGACAGUUGAUUCACAGUAUUUAUUUUUAAUUAUUGCUCGUAUCAGGCAAUACAUUAUUCCAGUAAUCAAUUUCUAAAUAUUCUGCAAAAAGAAAUCAAUCGUACAGGCGGUUAUUUAAAUUGGAAACUAUAACGCAAUGCAGUAUCCAUAUUUUUUAAAAUUCGUUUGCUUUUCAAACCAACCAGUCAACGAUUAAAAAGGUAAAACAGAGACACCUUACUCAAUUAUUAUUUUAAUUAAUCCACGGAAUUGUAUUUUUCUCCGACCAUCCAAUUAUAUCGGACCAGUUACCCUAAUUUACAUCGGAAAGACGUCUGAAUUGGAGGCAUCGAUCGCGGGGACUCCCGUAGCAAAAUGUACGCAACAAAACAAAAAAAUGAAUUAAAAACGAGAAAAUACAAAAAUGUGAUACGCCGCGAACGCAACGCAGAAUUUAAAAUUAAAGACGAGCCGGGAAUUGUUGCAUUCGCGCACCGGGACGAACGAAAACAAAACACAGGGCGCGAGGUCGCGCGAAAACACACAGGGAACCGCACACAGACAGGCGAGGGAGGAAAACGCGAGUAGAGAGAUAACUGAAUUAAUAAAAAGUAAAUAAAUAAACGAAAAUACGCGAGAACGAGUACGACGAACGAGAGCGAGGGAGAGCGUAAUCUCCAGACGUAACGCAAUAAGUGCUUUGUUAAAAAGAAUAAAACCUGCAAUAAAGUGCUUCGAAAAAAAAAAAAAUAUGUAGUUGAUUACGAAAGGGUUUAAAGAGCAAAAAGUUAUUAUUAAGGCGAAGUAAGAAGUAAGACUAAUUAAACGUCGCGUCGCGAGAUAUAAAUAGAGAACACGUAGUGGUAACAAAAGAAAGCAAAAAAAAUUAAAUAAAAAUAAGACGAAAAGAGAUGAUGACGAAAACGAAAAAAGAAAAAAAAAACAAAACAAUGUGUGUUUGUAUGUUUCUAUGUUUAUAUAAUCCCCGCGUGUGAGAGCGAGGCUGUAGAAGAUCUAGAAGACGCACAAACGAUCUGAAACGACCGUAACAAACGGACAAGAACAAAUACAUGACGAAUGAGAAAUUAAACGGCGAACGAAGGGGGUGAGAACGAGCGUUGCCAUAUGCCGAGGGGUGAAAUUCGGGCGCCAGGUGCACGCGUAAUGUAACAACGAUUACGUGGCGUAACGUUGGUUGUAAAACGCGUCGUGUUGCGUUUGGCAAGAAUUGUAGCGCGUUAUAGUCGUCGAUGCCAUGGGCGCUACGUUCGUCGGAAAAUAUAUUUCGUACCUGCCAGAACGAUGUUGCGACGCGGUCCAUGUUCUUUUCUCGAGGGCGUGAACAGAACGUGCGACACGCGUUUCAGUUGUUGUCGAUGGCCACUGCCGUAGAAAUUGUGAGCGUAGAGAGAUAAACACAGCUAGUAAUUUUUCUUCGUGACCUAGGUGAGACAUUUUUAACGUGCACUCCUCUGUUUCUUAUUAUUCAUCCGGUAGUUUUCUCGUAGGCGAAGAUAUAAAGGAGAUACAAGAGUAAACUUUUUUUUUCCAAUCGAAUUAUCUGUUCUCGUUAGAGAAGUUUUUACAACGAAAAUUCUGGCGUAGACACAAAGUUCUAAUAACGAAUGAAAGUUAAACAGCCUCCGUAUUUGUUAUUUGUUCGAGUAAAAUUGUAACCUGUUUUAAGGCUACCGAAGGAUUAUCCUUACCAUAUCGUUUGGCUAUCAUGCUGCACUGUAUCCAAUCUCUUUGCUCAAAAGCGUAAUCUCUCUUUCUCAAACAGAGAUAAGGUGAUACGGUGUAAAAUUGAGAGUCGCUCCUGGUGGUGGCUUUGAACAGUCGAUUAAUUUUGAUUCGUCAUACGAGGAGAAGUCACUGAAUUUUAUUCGUUAUUCGAAAUAAAAUUUGCCCAACUCUGAUAGACGAUGCAUCACGAUUCCCGCGUGAAAGAGCCUUCGACUAUAGUCGCUUUUCCAGACACUCUUACGCUUUCGUGUAUCUUCGAUAUUUAACCACAUAGGGAGCCAACGAGUUUCACGAUCGAUCGAGAUCGGUUGACGUCACUGUCGAGAGCAUAGAAUCGUAAUUGUAUAGUUUCUAUGACAAUACGUACGUGGUAGAAGUAUCUCAAGAAAUCCAAUUUUCGCCGAUGUUGUUCUCACUCGACCGUGGACACGUUUACAUAUUGACGCGCUUAUAUUUUUAUAUAUGUAUAGUAAAAGAAUUGUAAAAUAGUAUCUAUAGUGUUGUACAUAAGAGACAGUAUUACGUAUCGUGAUAAACGCAGUCGAACGCUUUGAAACCUUUCUCGUGUCGCUAGCUGAACAUCAGAGGUGGGCGAAAUUCGUAGGUGAAUAUUUCUGAUGACGAAUAAAAGAUCAGCAACAUUUGGGUUGAAUACAAAUUUUUGGUCCGAAUUAAUAUUAUAUUUCACGUUAAAUGAAAAAAUGAAAGCUGUUUGGUCGAGUACAUGCUCCGAAUACAUAGUGCCACGUUUUUUUUUAUUCGAAUACUAUUUUGCCCAUCUCUGCUGAAUGCAUCAAUGUACUCGAAUAUUGCAUUAAGUAGAUCUCUGUACGUGUAUAUCAUCCUUUGUGGUCUGAAUUAUUUUGCGAAUUGACAAUGUUUAUUUCUUCGCUCGCGUUGUGUUCUACUUACAAGUAUAAUCAAAUUUCUAUUAAUGGAGACUUUGAUUACGAUUCGAAGAGCAACGAAUAAUCCUUCGUUUAUUAAAAAUGCAUCCUGAAUUGCACGCGUGUCUACUUAACCAGCGAAAUAACACGAAACUGACAAACGAGCAUAUCAAAAUUAACGCGACUGCAAUUCCGUGUAUUUGCGAACGAUCGACGGUUAUAAAUAAUUUACAGGAUAACGAGUAGUGUUUCACAAAUCCAUCGAUAUCGUUGUAGUGGAUAUAAACGCUCUGAUAUUGGCUUACAUUUAACAGUAAUUUUUCUUAUCGACGAAACCGUUAUUAUCUGUUUGGGUUCGAUUAUAAUAAACGUUUUUCAAAAUAAAAGUCAUCGUACCGUUCACGUGUGCCUUCGUUAAUUUCAGCUCUCAUCCUUUCCUGUCCUUCUUCAACUGCGGGUCACAUAUCAUAGUGGUGUUUUGUUAAGCUCCACCAGUAUGAAAAAUCUAAGAGAAAAGGUCCUUAAGACCGCUGGAGACUGAAGUUAAAUAGGGCUUCCAGUACUUGUUCUCGAUGACUUGGACAACGCAAAGAAAAUUCAUUGUUGCUAGGGUAAUAAUAUACGUUUCAUAGUCUUUGCGUAGAAAAUUAGAUGAUCUUUUUUUAACUUCUUACUCCAGUUCACAAUUAAUAAUGUAAUUAAUAUAAUAUACACUACUGUGGUAUGUUGAUUUCUUUCUGAAUUCUCACUAUUUCACUCUUAAUCAUAGCUUAUUGCAUUUCGAAGAGGACCAAAAAUUGAUAUCGAUAGAAUGUUUCCUAUUUUAUAAUAAAAAUCACUGUUAGACGUAAGCCAGUAUCAGACUUUUACUAAAAAUGUUUCGCAAAGUAGUCUCUAGUUUUCGAAUUCGUAAAAUGAUCGCAUCUUGCAAAAUGAUAGUGUUGACGAUCGACUGUUCAUAUUAUUUCGGUUAGAAUUCACAGACACUUGUCUCUCGAUUUCAAGAUAAAAUAGCUCGCAUCAGGCGAUUGAUUCGUUCGGCACAUCGGAUAUUGCCAGUCAAAGAGUUAAUAUUGACCGACAGUAACCAAGACGGCCAGUGAGCGACGGUAUCAGUAGUAGCGGACCGUGCUAGUCAGCCGCAACGCCAAAGCGUCGAUACCUCCUAAGAAAACUUCGUUCCGUCGUAUUGAUUUCGAAAUCGAUAAAAAAAUUUGUGGCAAGCUGGCGUCAUAAAUCGAACCCUCUUUAUAUUAGCUUCAUACUUCAUAUCUCCCUUCUUAAAUUCGACGUAAAUUCCCAUCGAAAAAUUUAAUAAAAGGGAGGGUUUGUUAUCGUUUCAUUCGAUUUGAGCAAUUCAGAAGUACCUUCGGCUGCCUACCUCCGUGAGCGUAUUUUUCUUCAAUUAAUUCGUAUCAAUGUUUAUCCGAAAUAAUUGCUGUUUGGACGAACCAGUUUUCGAUUGCAUAGGUCUGUGACUGUUCGACUAAUCUAAAAGUCAAAUGUCGUAUAGAUAUACUUAAGCAUUUAGUGAAAAAUAGAGCAAUGAAACGAUAUAUACAAAUUCAAGUAAUAAUAAUAGAUGAACUUUCAGAGGUUCAUUUAUAGUACACAUCGCACUAUUCAAGAAAUGUUUAGGUGCUCGAUCGGUGCACACAAACUAUUCGAAUAUUUCAGUAUUCUUAACUAUAAUUGGACUCCCAAUUACGAUCAGGUUGACGAGGAAAGAGCAAACUCGCGUUACGCGUUCUUCGAUCGCGUCGAUAUUGGCAUGAAACCAGCCAACAGCGAAUGUCUGGCAUCAUUUUAGGCCGGGUUAUUUACAUACGAAUGGAGACCACGACGAAUGCGUUUGCCAAACAUUUUUUUUUUGCCGUUCGCUCGAUACUUUCGACAUCUGCAGGCCGAUCGAGGAAUAUGUCCCGUAUAAUGCGAACGAGGGUACGAGCUCGCGUGGCAGCUGGUGAUUCAUAGAACGCGUGUCGAGCCCGUUAAUUGUUUAACCGAUAAUACUGCUUCCGGACAACGCGCGGAACGUAAUUAGCGCUUGAUGUUCACUCUCUUCCUGGUGCAUCUUUUUUGUCUCGUUACGCGUAUUAUUAAAAUAACGCGUUACCAUAAUUCGAUGAGCAAACGUUGGAUUCAUUUAUAAUUAAAGGAUUUUUUAAUAAAACACAAAUUUUACGAGUGGAAUGAAAGCUAAAGGAAAAGCUUUCGUAACUGAAUCGCGGCGCGAUGACACUUGAACUUUUAUUUUCGUCAUUUGUCCCUUUACAAAGACGCUAAAAAUGGCUGUUUCUAUUGUUACAGAGAUUAUGGAAUUUGGAAUAUGUUUUUAUUUCGUUACCAUGCGGCGUCACACGAUUCUUCUUCGCGUUGAAUUCGAGGGAGAAGGAACGUUAAACAAGAUACAGUCGAGGGGUCGAGUAAUAUAAUCAUGUUCCACGCAAAAGUAUCCUGUAAUGUCUCGAGUCAACAGAAGCGAACGUUCGUCAACAACGUUUUUCUCGUCCUGCGACGACAGAUAAAUGUUGUUUUAAUGUCAAUUGAGGACGACAAGGUGACACCGAUAAUACGUAUCAAGUGUCGAGUCUUAGUUCGUCCUUUGUGGACUUUGCUUAUCGAUUUUCAAUUAUUGUCGUGUCCGCGAUGAAUAUUCCUAAAGGGAUUGACGUGAAUCGAUGGAAAUGAUUACAGAAUGCGCGAUGAAAAGUGGCCGACGGCUUUUAUGCAAAAACGAGCCGAGUAACAGUUACCGAGGAAAUUUCCUAUCGAAGUCGUCGUUUAUUUCUAGGACGAUAGAAUCGUGCUGCGAUAGAAUGCGAAGGAACGUUAAAAGUAUUUACUCCAUAAAUCUCGUGUUUCUCGCUUCUUGUUUCAUCUUCGACCACUCGCGGCUCCGCAAACGAAGGGAAACCAUUUAGAAAAGGAAGUGUGACAAAAACAGGAGUAGAAAACAUAGACAAUUAUAAUCUCGAUUGCGUAGAAUAAAUUACAAUGAAAUCGAACUCGCGAACAUCGUUUUCUUUUUCUAUUUAACCACAUCCAAGCGUGAAGUUGUAUCGAGCAUCUCGAGAGCAUCCAUUUCAAAGAGACUUCAAUUAAACAUUGACAAGAGGAACUAAUUUAAAGUAAACGAAACGAAAGCCUCCAUUAACACCUUUUCGUUCGCUUUCGUUCCCCUUUCGAAUACCGUAUAAUGUUUCAAACAAACAUCGCGCCGGGGAAUGGACAAUAAUUUCCACCGAAAGUCGUUUCCACGGGCGAUCUUGAAAUUUCCACUCGCUGAAACGAUUCAACGCGACAUGGCGCACACGUUUAAUCAAAUCAUAUUUUCCGACGAAUCGCAGCGUACCAAAGAGUGACUGGAAACCCCGAGAGUGUCUUUUCCGACGUUGUAUUUCGCGUUAUCGAGAGAAUCGGAAAAAUGUAAACGAGCGUGUAAGCGAGAGAGAGAGAGAGAGAGAGAGAGAGAGAGAGAGAGAGAG